UGAAGCAUUCAGGUGCUUCCUCUUCCUAACAGGGCGUUCAAAAUGGAGUGGGCGCUGCCUGGCUGAGAUUAAAAUACGUGUUUCUGCAGUAUUAUUUGUUUUUUAAAAAUUACUUUGAAUUUGUAUUUAGAGCAUUUUAACUAAGUCAUCGAGGGACGAGAAUUAAAAAUGUUUUGGACGGUCUUCGUCGCCGUUUUAAUGGCGACAGAGUCUACUUUGGCUAUUCAGGUUAGCUGUCCUCAAAAGAGGUACGUCGUCAUGCUCUUCCAACCUGUCACACUCAAUUGUAAGUUCACGACGAGUGCCACUGCGGAUCCUAUUGUCACAUGGAAGUACAAAUCCUUCUGCCGGGACCCCAUCCAAGUGGCACUUGGCUCCAGCAGUUCGAAUACCGCCAUCUCUCAGACCAACAUUAACCCCAGCAACAACUGUCCUGACGAAGACAGAACAAUCCGUACUGUGGCAGUUAAGCAGGGCGAUUCCAUCUCACUGGGCAAUGAAUAUGCAGCUCGCAAGAUCACCAUUAUAAACAAGGCAGACCUACAAAUCUCUGAGACUCAUUGGGGGGAAAGCGGUGUUUACUACUGCACUGUGGUAUCAUCCCAGGAUAUUUCAGGGACUAAUGAAGGAUUCACUGAAUUACUUGUGCUUGAGAGAAAGACUAAUACUACUGACCUCCUGCCUGGCAUUGACUUACUGGUUAUGGAAGACUGGCUACUGGUUCUUCUGGUAGUUUUGGGCUUCUUUUUGCUCCUUCUUUUGAUUGGGAUCUGCUGGUGCCAGUGUUGCCCUCACACUUGCUGCUGCCUCAUCAGCUGCCCCUGCUGCCCAGAACGCUGCUGCUGUCCGCGAGCAUUGUAUGAGGCAGGAAAAGCAGCAAAGAAAGGUGUGCUCAGUCAGUAUGCUCCCACCAUGUAUUCUGCCAUGUAUGCUCAGCCUGUGUACGGCGGCUCACAAGGUAACCAGUCUGUCAUGCCCCUGCUGCCCAUUCACAACGGAGUUGGACAACCCCAAAGCAAUUAUGGCCACGAUUAUGAUGGUGCCAGCUCAGUGGGUCAGGGAUCUCAUGUGCCUUUGCUGCAGGACAGUGGAGGAGAUCACACUCGUAGUGGUUAUCGCAUCCAGGUGGACCAAGAUGGAAAUGCAACCCGGGCCAUUUACUACAUGGAGAAGGAGCUGGCCUCAUUAGACCCCUCCAGACCUGCAAACUACAGCCGUUUGGAAAACAUGAGCACAGUCAGCUCCCUGCAUGACAGCGUGGAACCUCGAGGACGCGGUGGUCGCCCACCGAUGCCCACACUUUACGACCGAGACGAAGCCAUGAGCACCAUCAGCAGCGUUUCCCAGCAAGGGCAACGUCGUGAUGACUACCCACGCCAUGGUGGAGGUCACAUGAGUAAUCAGGCACGUGCUCGCUCUUUGGAUAACCUAGAUGACAUUGGACGGCAACACAGAAACAAUUACCCACCUCACAGGGGCCCCGAUGAGCCCAGAGGUAGAAGAGGCUCUGAUGAUGAGUGGAGCAGCAGCGCUCGCAGCGGCUAUGAUGACCGGCGACGUCGUGACUACUCCCCUGAUGAUCGCAGAGGAAGAGACAGAGGGCCACACGCCGGGCGCCGUACCCAUAGUCGCGACGACCUCAUGGAGAUGGACAGGGACCGUACGUACGGUGGCCGCACCAGGGGUGGCAGGGAAGAUUAUGAUGACAGCUUUCUACGAGAGGCCAUGGAGAGGAAACGGCUGGGGGAGCAACAGAGGGCGCGCAGCCAGGAGCGACUGGACAGUGAGAGUGACCGGUCAGAAUGGGGAAGGGGACAACGUGGGCCACCACCACUUCCGCUGAACCCGCCGUCUGGAAUUCCUGGUCACCGGGACGAUUACCCACCACCUCAACCGCCUCCGUACAGUGACAAUGAGAGCGUCUCAUCUUCAAAGAAAACUAACCUCCGCAAGAAUGGAGCGGUGAGUCGUGAGAGCCUGGUUGUGUGAACCAAACUUCAAUGCAGCUUUGACCGAUUAAUAAAGAUACAGUUGGUUUCUAACAUUGUAAAUAUUACUCCCACUGCUAACCCGAUGUCCUGAUUUUAUUUGUUUGGUAGUUAAUUAAAAGUUGUGUUGUAUAAUUUUGGAGGUACAACUCUGUGCCACCUAAUGUAUAAAAAUUGUGGCUGCCACAAGUGCCUUAAUGUGUACAGAGUUACAGCUGUAGAUUCUAAAUCAUUUUAACCAUCCCGUUCUGUUAGUCCAUUUACAUCUUGACUAGUUCAAGUAAAUAUGCUUCAGUUGGGUUUUAAUACUUUGAUCCUUUGAAGUAGUGAGUAGUUUUUGUUAAAUUGCAGGUGUUUAUGUAAAUUUAGGGGUUAUGCUGUUAUACAAGGUGCUUUUGUACUUGUGUUUUUUUUAUGGAAAUAUGUAUGUUUAAAUGAAUUUGUUUUUCUUAUUGACUACCUACUCUUUCAUUAAUUUUUAAAUGUGCUGUUUUAAUUCAUAUUGAGAUGUACAGCUGACCAGUUUUAUGCUUUGAACAUUCAAAUAUGUGAUGCAAUCUAAUUUUACAAUAAACAUGAUUUUUUUUUGCUAA